GUGUAGUAUAACCAUGGAUCUAUCCGUGUAACGUUACCUAGCGGAAUUCCUCCUUAUCUGGUUUUACAUCUACUUAGAGAAUAAUUAAUAUAACUAUUACAACAUUAGGAAUUGCAUUGCUCACACAUGGACGAGGACAUUACGGGAGCUCGGCUGGUCGCUGAGUCUUUACUGGCUCAGAGAGUGGAGUAUAUGUUUGGUGUGGUUGGUGUUCCUAUUAUUGAAGUGGCAAUGGCUGCACAGGCUGUAGGAAUCAAAUAUGUGGGGAUGAGAAACGAACAGGCGGCCUGUUAUGCUGCAUCUGCUAUUGGAUAUCUGACAGGAAGACCAGGAGCAUGCUUGGUGGUGUCUGGUCCUGGCCUCAUUCAUGCUCUGGGUGGAAUGGCCAAUGCUAAUGAGAACUGUUGGCCUGUGGUUGUAAUUGGAGGGUCCUCUGAUAGAAACCAAGAAACAACAGGGGCUUUUCAGGAAUUUCCACAGGUGGAGACAUGUCGUCUUUAUAGCAAGUUCUCUGCUAGACCCAGCAGUCUUGAGGCCAUACCUUCAGUCAUUGAGAAGGCAGUCCGCACUUCAAUGUACGGCCGUCCAGGUGCUUGUUAUGUGGAUAUUGCAGGAGAUAUGGUCAACGCAAGGGUGAAUAGGAGCAACAUCAGAGUUGUAUCCUGCUGUCCACCUCCUCCUAUAAGUAUGGCAGAAAGUGGUGCAGUUACUCAAGCUCUUUCUGUGUUGAAAGCAUCUAACAGACCAUUAAUCAUAAUAGGAAAAGGAGCUGCUUUUGCACAAGCUGAAACUGUUCUGAGGGAGUUUGUGGAAACAAGUGGUCUGCCCUUUCUGCCCACCCCAAUGGGAAAAGGUGUCUUGCCAGAUGACCACCCCAACUGUGUUGCAGCAGCCCGCUCAAGGGCUUUACUACAGGCCGAUGUUAUUCUGCUGCUUGGAGCCAGACUAAACUGGAUUUUACACUUUGGACAACCACCGAGAUUUGAUCCUAAUGUCAAAAUCAUUCAGGUUGACCUUUGUCCAGAAGAAAUGGGGAACAAUGUGAGGCCCACCGUUGCUCUGUUGGGUGAUAUCAGUGCUGUAGUUUCUCAGUUACUCCAGAACCUUAAGAAAAAUGGCUGGAAAUAUUCUCCUGGAACUGAGUGGUGGAGCUCCCUCCAUUCAAAGAUUGCUGCCAAUUUCAAAAUAUCACAGUCUCUUGCUCUUCAUUCAACAUUGCCUAUGAAUUACUACACAGUUUUCCACCACAUCUCUGAACUUUUACCACACGACUGCAUCAUUGUCAGUGAAGGUGCAAACACCAUGGACAUAGGACGCACCAUGUUAAAGAACUAUCUACCUCGACACAGGUUGGAUGCUGGUACAUUUGGAACAAUGGGAGUAGGCCUUGGUUUUGCUAUUGCAGCUGCUGUUAUGGAGAAAAGCAAGGUCAACGGACAGAGAGUCAUCUGUGUGGAAGGAGACAGCGCCUUUGGGUUCUCGGGAAUGGAGGCUGAGACGAUGUGCAGGUAUAAUCUACCCAUUAUUAUAAUCGUGGUAAAUAAUAAUGGCAUUUACAGUGGAGUGGAUCCUGAGACAUGGAAGGAAAUGGCCAAACUUGGAGACCUGACAACCAUAGCUCCACCUGUCACGCUCCUACCUGAGGCGCGCUAUGAUAAUGUCAUGGCGGCUUUCGGAGGGCGUGGCUUCCUGGUCCGGACAGUGGAGGAGCUGCGCAGUGCCCUAGAGCUGAGCCUGAGUGACUGGGAGAAGCCGUGUCUCCUGAAUGUGCUAAUUGACCCAUCAUCAGACAGAAAGCAGCAGGAAUUUCCUUGGCUUACACGCUCCAACCUGUAACCAACCUGUUUGCCUCCGACAAAAUCGAGUAUAGUAUUCCAGAACACAGUUGCCUUAAUUUCUGUAAAAAGUCUUUUUCAAAUGCAUUUUUUAUAAUUUAGUAAUAAAGACAUACAUGAAAGAUUUUUAAAGAUGUGAAAUAUAAAUAAACUGUGUUGCUAACAAA